GGAGACUGGUGUGUCUCGUACUUGUAGGAUGGUCAUACAUUUAUCUGGUAUCUGGUGUCAAAUGUGGCUGUAAAAAAUAUAAUAAAUUAAGAUAUCGUAUCGGGACACUUAGUAGAGUAGAAAAAAAUAUAAAGAGAACCAAUGUAUUAUAUUGUUUAUAUUUAUUUAAAUAUUGACGUAAUAAAAGCAUAAACUGACAGCAGACAGAGAAAGAGAGCAAUAUAAACCAACACGAAUGAGUGAGCUCGAAGAAAGUAUCGCUUGAAGAAACUUGGAUUAACCAUUGGACUUGACCUCGGUACAGCCAUUUAUUCAGCUCUCUAAAUAUCAAUAGAAGUGUAAAUAAACAUAAAUAAAUAGCUGUUAAUAAUGGAUCAGCAGGACGGGUACUGGGGAACGCUGCCCAGUGUAAUUAUGCUGGAAAUAUUUUCGUACCUUGAGCAUAAAGAUCGAAUAAAUGCCUCCAUGGUUUGUAAGAAUUGGAGACAAGCGCUUUUCCAUCCUGCUUUCUGGAAAGACAUUACCUUCGUUUUAGAUGAUACCAAAAAUUCAUUGUGGUCAAGUCAUCUAGCAGAUUGUUUUGGUUUGAGUGUACAAAAUGCCACAGUAAGAUGUCAAAUUCCUCACUGCAGUUUUGAGUUGGAAAAAUUACUUAGAAAUUUGUGCGAAAAUAGAAACUUAAGACGGCUUAUCGUUGAACCAUCAACCUCAACAUUCGAAUGGUCAUUUACUAGUUAUGAUGACAUGGAAGCAUUAGAGACGUGGACAGAAUCACUGUACCUAUCAAUAUUAAAAAUAAUAGAAACGUCAAAGCGUCUGGAAGCUUUAACACUAGGUUGCGUUGAAGAAUUAGUACUAAAUGCUGGGGAAAUCUUGGAGGUCCUAGGUUAUUAUCAUGGAAAACAUUUAACUCAUCUAGGAUUGGCCUCAGUAAAAGAAGAUCCAGAGAACUACCAGUUUGUGAUAUUAAACAGUAUUACCUUCCAGCAAUUUAUAAGCCUCACUAUCCUAACACUAGACUACGAUUGUCUAAAUGACACAAUGUUGGAGUCGUUGACCAGUGGAACAUUAGAACGGCUGGUUGUCCACGUACACGAUUGGAAAGAAAACUACCACGGUACAUCAGAUCAUGCUUGGGAAUUGUUUACUCAGAAAAAUCCUCGCUGCGAGUUGAGAUUGAAUUUACUGCACGCCUACACAGGCGUAACCGUUCUAGAACGUGAAAUACUCAAACCUAAAAUGCCGCUCACUCACUUCAAGGCUCUGUUCUGUGAAUACGUUAAUCUAAGAGCUCUAUACAUAAUGGCUUCAUAUUAUAGUACAACUCUCAAGUCUCUGAUGUGGAUUGAUUCUGCAGAUAAUAAUGAAUCGAUACCGCCAACUGAUGGAAAUCCCGAUCCUGAUGGCUUAGUCAUGUUAGCCUGGCGUUGUAUUAAUCUCAAAGAGCUAGUUUUCAUCGGGCACAAAUAUUACCAUACUAAUUUACUCGCUAUUGCUCGAUUAAGAGGACAUAAUUUGCAAAGAUUUGAAUUUGCUGAACAUGACAUUCAAGAAGACUAUAUGUCUAAUUAUAAAUACAAAGAAGUUCGAUCCGAAAUCAAUAGUAUACUUGGUGAUAAUUGGAAAACAUUCUCAGCCUCAGAAUUGAUGCCAGUACUGAUAGACGCAAUCGCAGGUGACAGCAGGGAUGUAAUAAUGCCGUUGGUACUCAACGAUGCAAAGUAAUUUAUCUGAAAAAAAUCACUAUCAUAACCAUAACUAUAACUAUAACUAUUACCAUUACCAUUACCAUAAAGAAAGGAAGAAAGACCAUAACCAGUAAAACCAUCAUACCAUCCACGACAACAAAACAACCAUUCGUACUAUCAUUUAGAGAACGUUGAAGAAUGCCUGAUAAAAAUAAUCAAAAUACGUUCCUUUAUUAUUUAUACUAUAUGCAUUUAAGAACGAUUGCCAAUUGAAACGACAGCCAGUUAUUCACAAACAAGAGAUCGAUAAAUUAAAGUAACUUAAAACGUUUUUUGUUUUUGAAAGUUGAGUAAAUAUUGUGAUCAGCGCUUGAAUUUCAUUUAACUCAACUAUUAAAAGAUAAGAGCAAAGACGUGACGCUAUGGACUCAGAUUGUCCUAGUAAUAUGACUCUGACUAAUCAAUAGUCAUCAAAAAUUAUUUACGCAAACAUAAAAAGAUACAUUGUUAUAUUGUAUACAUUAAAUGGAAAAUAUAAGAAUGAGAGAGUGAAGAAAAGAAACAUAAUUCCGGGGAUCUUCCAAUGGAAAAAAAAAAAAAAAGUACAUAAGAAUGAUGAAAAUACAAAGCGAUUCCAGAAAAUAACUAGCGAUAUUACGUAUUAUUGUUUUUCAACUACGCUGGAAAUUAGAUUAGUAGCAGAGGAUUAAGUAACUGCUCCGUAGAAUAUGUCUAAUUAAUAACGAAGCCUAAAUAAAUUCAGGCAAGUACUAGAUCUAUAUAAAUAACAUGAUAAGUCGUGUAGAACGCGAUAAAAAUACAGCGAACCGAGGUUAUUUUUAAUACGACAACCAAUCGGACGCACAUCUUUUUAAAAAAAGUAUAAACAAACGCCUCUUUAUCAAGAGGUGUUAAUACUCUCUUUGUGUUAAAUAUUGAGAGUUGUGUAACUAUUACUACUCUUUAUCGCGACGCGGUUACGGUAAAUAUUGUACCGUCAAUGCCAUUGCGAACAUCUAUUUUUCAACUAGGCGGAUUAGUUUGCUAGUCGUAAGAGGAUAUAUUUCAGCGCACAUGCAUACAUAUGUUACAUCAAUAUAUUUAAGAUCUUUAAUUAUUCAAAUAAACUGUUGUUAAAUUUUUUUUUAAAGAUGAAUAUUUUAAAUUAAAGUAGUAUUUUUUGGUAAAAUUUUAUUUUGUGCUAUUGGUUCUCGAGCUUAUAUCUUUAAAAUAAUUGUGAAUAUUACAGAAGAAAAAAAUAUUUUUUAGGCAAUUAUCUAAAACUGUUGUGGAAAAAGUAGUAAUUUUUUAAAAGAUAUUGAAUUGAAAGUUUAUAAAAUAAAUAAUAGCACUCAAAAUUAAUUUAUGAAACGCGGGUGACUGAUGCUCGAAUCUCAGCAAUUUUUUAAUUUAUUUAUAUCAAAUUGUUGUUAUUUUUGUUAGUUUGUUUUUAAAUACAAUUUAAAAAGUGUAUUGUUAAAGAUGCGUAGCAUUAUUAAAAAAAAAUGUAACAUGUAUGCUUGUCGUCAAUAAUGCCAAAAAAUAUUUAAAAUCGUGUGAAUAUUGCGUGGAAAGUAUAAAAAAAUAACUAAAAAUAAAACUAAUCAAGAAAAUAACUGUUGAGUGAAACAAAAACAAAACAGGACGGGCCUUAAUAUGUACCUGAGUCGUUUGAUUUUAAUAAUAAACGAUUAAUAUUCGUGAGAAUGUUGAAAAAAAAAAAAUAAAAAAUAAA